UUACUGAAUAAAAAAACAACACCAAAGUCUUGGGCGAUGAGCUGGUUCGCGUCAUUCUUAUCCGGGCCUAGAUCUUCUCGAAAAAAGCCUAGACGUUCUGAAGAUUUUCAGAGCAAGAGCACUAUCCCCCAGCCGAUGAUUAAAAUCCUUCUUCCGACUAGUUUAUCUGGCCAAGCUGAAAGCCCUUCGCCUAGUUUAUCUAACCAACCUCCGGUGAUGGAAAGCCCUUCGCCUAGUUUAUCUGACCAACCUCCGGUGAUGGAAAGCCCUUCUCCGGUGGCGAGGAAGUACAGGAAAAUCGCCUUGUUGAAGGCAGCUGGCGUACAAGUGGAUCUUAAUGAGUACAAAAACUUAGAUAAGAUCGACAAGCUUCUCCAAAACGGCGCUGUUUACAACGAUCAGAAGAUGAGGUAUUGGGUUGAUCUUGGAGAACGGGACUGCUUCGCAAUCUAUGCUAGGGGGCUCAACAUCGACAGCGGUCAUAUAAGUAAAUAUUGGCAGUGGCCGACAGACAGCGAUGGCAUCGAAAUGGCGGAAGCAAUGAACAUAAAGUGGCUAGGAGUCAGUGGUUCGUUUAGGACAGUAUACCUGGAGCAAAUGGUUCGAUACAAAGUCUCGUUUCGGCUGAAGACGACGCCAUCGAGCACCAUGGCAGGAAAGGUGGUGAACCUGGCACUGACUCUCCCGGACGGGACCAAACAAGAGACGCGGGCGAUGUUGCCUGCAGUCCCAUCGUCAGGCAACAGCUCGUGGACCGAACUGGAGGUCGGACAGUUCUGCAUGACGGCGCGGAAUUUGGGCGAGAUAAAAUUUGCCAUGGAGAAAGCGUUUGAAAGUUGGGAGACGGGGCUCGUCAUCAAGGGCGUUGAGAUCAAGGCCGUGUGAUCACAAGCAGUUAUUUAUACAAUAAGAGCAAUUGCGGAGGAUUUGCCUUCACGGAAAUGACUAUAGUGAUAAGUGUGUAUGGUCGCACGUGCCUGUUUCCUGUGCGUUUGUCUUAGUUAGUAAUAGUAAAUGUGUACAAAUAUUUUUUAUUUCCAGACCCGUUCUCUUAUUAGAAAAUGUCUCAUACAUGAAAGCAUUCGGUGAUAAUUGUCAGAAUAAGUGA